CCACGUGCUCUGCCAGAUGCCGACUUCACGUUCAACACUGCUCUCACCCUGCAGGGCACCCAAUGGAUUCAGGUCUACAAGAUGAAGUUUUGUCCUUCCGCACUCCCAUGCCCCCCGCAUCUGAGCUGACGUCCGGACAAGCUCGCCGCAGAUCCGAAGAGAUGCAUGUGAACCUUUAAUGAGUUGCAUGCAGCCUACAAACCGUGGUUGUGGUGUCAGUCUUGUGCUGAUUGGUGGAUUGAUGGGAUGCAAAGGAUCACUGUCCUCCUGUUCCUUUUCUCUCCUCGUUUGCUCCUUCCGGAUCAAAGUCUCCCAUCUGACCCAGUCAGAGCCUCACUAUGCACAUCGAACGCGCAUUCCUCCUCUCCUUCUUCACUACUAUCCUUGCCCAAUCCUCCAACACAACGUAUCUCACAGCCCCCGCCCUCGUCACACUCAACAACCGCACAGCAAUCCAAUGCUGGCGCCUCACCACCCCGUUCGUGACAUCCUCCACGCCCGGCACUAAGGGCGCGAAGGCUGCUGUGAUCUCCAAUGCCACGAAUCUGGCUUACACGGUUCUGCCACCCCGCUUCAACGGUGGCCUGCAUACCGCACCUGUCCCGCAGCUCGUGCACUUUCUCUCCGGACUAGCCCACAUCACCUUACCAGAUGAUCCAAGUCAGGAUCUGUGGCUCGUAGGCGGAGCCGGAGGUCUGCUGUUUGCGGCGGAUACUACAGGCUCGGGGCAUAUAACCACGUAUCCGAGCGACCACGAGACGGUGGGACUUCUUGCGCCGUUCGAGAGUGGGAGGGUGCCGGGGUACGAAGUGCUCCAGUCGGGAGCGUGUUCAGGGCUGCAGACGUUCAUCUAGUCUCUCUCAUUGAAUCGCCGGAGUAGAGAAUCAGGGAGGUUGAUGGGCAGAUUAGGUGUCUAUGUCAGCUGCAUGCCCAUGACUAUGACUAUGUGAGACGUGCGUUACCUAGUACUCAG